GCGCCGCGAUCGGCAGUGAGGUCAUAGGGAGUGCGACGCGGGGGCAGCGGCGGGAGCUGAGAGAAAGAGAGAAAGAAAGUUCCAGAGGGAAAUAAAAAGCAACCUCGCCGACAAGUAUGAGCAAAGCCCAUCCGCCCGAGCUCAAGAAGUUCAUGGACAAGAAACUGUCACUCAAACUGAAUGGUGGGAGACAUGUGCAAGGAAUUCUGCGUGGCUUCGACCCCUUCAUGAAUCUUGUCGUGGAUGAAUCUGUCGAGAUGGCACCUGGGGGCCAGCAAAAUAACAUUGGCAUGGUGGUUAUCAGAGGGAAUAGCAUUAUCAUGCUGGAAGCCUUAGAGCGAGUAUAGUGAAGACUGCUGUAUUCCUGAAAACAUGGAAAAGAAUGUUGCAGAGACACCACAGCCAUCAUUUUGAGUCCUCGAAUUUUUUGUCCUUAGUUUUUCUGGUAGAAUAUUGCAUUUGAUGAAUCAUAUGAGACGCAAGCCGAGCAUUUUUGUGAAUACUUUAUUAUUUGUAAUUGUGGGACCUAAAUGACAGUAAAUAUGUUUUUGUAUGAAA